GGGGGCCCGCCCGGUUCCCGGCGGCGGCGAUGCCGGGUGGUCCGCGCGCCUGCGGCGAGGCAGGGCGGCGGGCCCCGGGCGGCGCGCGGAGCCGGGGCCGGUCCUCGACGCUCGGCAGCCGCUCGCCCCCGUGGCCGCGGGGCUAGAGCCGGCCGCUGCCCGCGCGCCUGAGGGGGGAGGCUGCGACGCCCCCGCGGCCAUGGCCGCGGCCCCCGGGCCCUCCCGCGCCUGAGGGGGUGCUGGGGCAUGUCCCGCUCCAACAGCGUGAGCCCCCCGGGCUUCGGGGCUCCCGCGCCCUGGGAGCCGCACCGCUCGGCCUGGGGCGAAGCCGAGUCCCGGGCCAAUGGCUACUCCUACCCGCCGCCGCCCGGCCGGGCCUCGGGCAAGAAGGCGUCGCGCCGGUGGCGGAGCGAGGACGACUACGAGCCCCCGCCCGGCAGGACCCGCGAGGGCGGCGGCAGGAUGACGAGCGUGCGGUCCAAGUCGGCGUGGCAGGACCACGGGCCCCAGAGCCGCCGGCACCGCCCGCCGCGACACCCGUCCAGCGGGGACGGCGCCGCCGCCGCCAGCCCCCGGCGUUUCGGGGAGCAGGGCGAGGUGCGGCCUCGCUCGGUGGAGCUGGGGCUGGAGGAUCGGCGCGGCAAGGCCAAGGCGGAGGAGCUGGAGGAGGACGAAGAGGAGGAGGACGACGACGGGGACUCGGACGCGGCGGCGUUCUCCGUGGGCGGCUGCUGCGGCGGCCUGCUGCAGAUCUUCAGGUCGAAGAAGUUCCAGUCGGAGAAGCUGGAGCGCCUCUACCAGCGCUACUUCUUCCGGCUCAACCAGAGCAGCCUCACCAUGCUCAUGGCGGUGCUGGUGCUGGUGUGCGUGGUCAUGCUGAUCUUCCACGCGGUCUACGGACACUACGAGGUACCCUACGUGGCGGUGCUGUCCACCGCCAUCCUGCUCAUGGUGGUGCUGUGUGCCGUGUGCAACCGCAAUGACUUCCACCAGGACCACAUGUGGCUCGUGUGCUACUCGGUCAUCCUGGUGAUCUUGGCCGUGCAGGUCGUGGGCGUGCUGCUGGUGUGGCCCAGGAGUGCCUCCGAGGGCAUCUGGUGGACGGUCUUCUUCAUCUACAGCAUCUACACGCUGCUGCCCGUCAGGAUGCGGGCGGCGGUCAUCAGCGGCGUGGUCCUCUCCGCCAUCCACCUGGCGAUCUCCCUCAAGAUCAACGCCGAAGACAAGUUCCUGUUAAAGCAGCUUGUCUCCAAUGUUCUCAUCUUCUCCUGCACAAACAUCGUAGGUGUGUGCACCCAUUACCCAGCAGAGGUGUCCCAAAGGCAAGCCUUCCAGGAGACCAGAGAGUGCAUACAGGCCAGGUUGCAUUCUCAGAGGGAGAACCAGCAGCAGGAGCGUCUCCUGCUCUCCGUACUUCCUCGUCACGUUGCCAUGGAGAUGAAAGCUGACAUUAACGCCAAACAGGAGGAUAUGAUGUUUCAUAAGAUCUACAUCCAGAAGCACGACAAUGUCAGCAUUCUCUUUGCGGACAUAGAGGGUUUCACCAGUCUGGCCUCCCAGUGCACAGCUCAGGAACUGGUCAUGACGCUGAAUGAGCUUUUUGCCAGAUUUGAUAAGCUUGCAGCUGAGAAUCACUGUUUACGUAUAAAAAUCCUGGGCGAUUGUUAUUACUGUGUGUCUGGGCUGCCAGAAGCAAGACCUGACCAUGCACAUUGCUGUGUUGAAAUGGGGAUGGAUAUGAUAGAGGCAAUCUCAUUGGUCCGGGAGGUGACAGGAGUCAAUGUGAAUAUGAGGGUUGGGAUCCACAGUGGGAGAGUUCACUGUGGGGUCUUGGGCCUCCGGAAAUGGCAAUUUGAUGUGUGGUCUAAUGAUGUCACACUAGCCAAUCACAUGGAAGCAGGAGGCAAAGCCGGGCGAAUCCAUAUAACAAAAGCAACUUUGAAUUAUCUCAAUGGAGACUACGAGGUGGAGCUGGGUUUUGGAGGGGAACGCAACGCUUACCUCAAGGAACAUAGUAUUGAGACCUUCCUGAUUGUACGGUGCAGCCAGAAACGGAAAGAUGAGAAAGCGACGAUUGCCAAGAUGAACCGACAGCGCGCGAAUUCCAUCAGUCACAACCCACCACCCUGGGGAGUAGAUCGUUCUUUUUACAGCCAUCUCGGUGCUCAUCAAGUUUCCAAGGAGAUGAAGAGAAUGGGUUUUGAAGAUCCCAAGGACAAGAAUACCCAAGAAAGCAUGAACGCCGAAGAUGAGGUGGAUGAGUUUCUGGGCCGUGCAAUUGAUGCCAGAAGUAUUGAUCGGUUACGCUCUGAGCACGUGCGCAAAUUCCUCCUAACAUUCAGGGAGCCUGACUUAGAGAAGAAGUAUUCCAAGCAGGUGGAUGACAGAUUCGGAGCCUAUGUGGCUUGUGCCUCCUUAGUCUUCCUCUUCAUCUGCUUUGUUCAGAUCACAAUCGUGCCACACUCUGCGUUUAUGCUGGGUUUUUACCUGACCUGUUUUUUGAUCCUGACCACAGUGGUGUUUGUUUCGGUCAUUUAUUCCUGUGUAAAGCUGUUCCCAGCUCCACUCCAGACUCUCUCAAGGAAGAUUGUUCAGUCCAGGACCAACAGCACCUUAGUCGGGGUCUGUGCCAUUAUUUUGGUAUUUCUGUCAGCGUUCGUCAACAUGUUCAUGUGCAACACCGUGGAUCUCAUCAGCUGUGUGGCCACCGAGUACAAUGUCACACCAAACCACGUGAACGUCUGCCUCAUCAGCAACUCAUCUUUCAACUUCAGCCUGGGCACCUUGCAGGGAUUUUGUGAUGGCUCCCUGCCCAACUGCAACUUCCCUGAGUAUUUUACCUACAGUGUCUUACUGAGUCUCCUGGCCUGCUCUGUGUUCCUUCAGAUCAGCUGCAUCGGGAAACUGAUCCUCAUGCUAAUCAUUGAAUUUAUCUACGUUCUCAUUGUGGAGGUUCCCGGGGUGAACCUCUUCGACAAUGCCGAUCUUCUGGUCACUGCGAAUGCCUAUGUGUCCUCGAAUGCAACGUCGUCAUGCUCUCCAGCAAUGGUGAGAGUGGCGAUGAAGAUCGUGACCCCGGUCGUCAUAACUGUGUUCGUCUUGGCGUUAUAUCUGCAUGCCCAGCAGGUGGAAUCCACAGCAAGGCUCGACUUCCUGUGGAAACUUCAGGCCACUGAAGAGAAAGAGGAAAUGGAGGAGCUGCAGGCCUACAACAGACGCCUCCUCCACAAUAUCUUGCCAAAGGACGUGGCAGCCCAUUUCCUGGCGCAGGAGCGGCGAAACGAUGAGCUCUAUUACCAGUCCUGCGAGUGCGUGGCCGUCAUGUUCGCCUCCAUCAGCAACUUCUCGGAGUUCUACGUGGAGCUGGAGGCCAACAACGAAGGGGUGGAGUGUCUGCGGCUCCUCAACGAAAUCAUUGCGGACUUUGAUGAAAUAAUAAGUGAGGACCAGUUCCGACAGCUGGAGAAGAUCAAAACCAUUGGCAGUACGUACAUGGCUGCUUCAGGCCUCAAUGACUCCACCUACGACAAGGUGGGGAAAUCGCACAUCAAGGCUCUGGCUGACUUUGCCAUGAGGUUAAUGGACCAAAUGAAGUACAUUAAUGAGCAUUCGUUCAACAACUUUCAGAUGAAAAUAGGUCUCAACAUUGGCCCGGUGGUAGCUGGGGUGAUAGGAGCACGCAAACCUCAGUACGACAUCUGGGGGAACACGGUGAACGUAGCCAGCCGAAUGGACAGCACAGGUGUGCCUGACAGGAUUCAGGUAACCACAGACCUGUACCAGGUUUUAGCAGCCAACAACUAUCAGCUGGAAUGCCGAGGGGUCAUUAAGGUCAAAGGGAAAGGAGAAAUGACCACCUAUUUCCUUAAUGAAGGGCCACCAAUCAGUUAGCAGCAGCUGUGACAUGACUUUAAAAAGGGGAUUUGCCGCAAAAUUGAGCACGACUCGCUGAAGAAUUACUUUGUUAGCAGUGGACCUAAAAACACAGGGCAGCUGAUUAUUCUUUUUUUUUUUUCACACAAUGACUUGAGAGCUGGAGUUUGCCUGCGCACCACGCAAGGCAGCAGGAGCAGAAGCAAACGCUGGGGACGCGGAAGCGCUGAACUGACCAAAGAAGGACUGCACGGAUGAGACAGGAAUUCAAGAUUGUGAAAUGAGGCUGCUACGCAGGACAUGAGAAGAUAUUUAAGUAUUUAUUGACACUACACAGAAUUGUACUUGGUUGGAGGAAUGUAUGAUUCACUACAAAGCAUUAUUUUGGAAAGGUUUUGCACCCCACCCAUUUCCAUCCCAUACUGUCAGCUAUUUGAAGUGUACUGGUCUUUUAUCAGCUGUUUUGAAUGGGCUUUUCAAACGACACGUGAUACCCACUGUUGCUACACACAAAAGGCCAUUUUGAACGGCGUUGGUAGCGUUCUUGGUUUGAAAAGAGACCUCAUCGUCUAGCAACUGUCCCUCCGUCCUCUUACGUGGCUUAGAGACGUCACCAAAAGGAAGGGGAAGCUCGAGAUGAGGACACGUGGCUCUAUCGACCUGUUAAUGAAAUCAAAAAGUCUUCUGAGCUCUUCUUCAGUUUAUAUCAAUUUACAUAAGAAAGACUAAGAGGUAAACGAGAGACGGUUUGGCGCGGGGGGGAGGGAACCCUGAUACCUGUCCUUUCUUUUGUAUCCUUUAUUUUGUAAUAUUGAAAACACGGAGAUCUAACAGAUAUACCAAAUGCUAUAUUUUGUAAAUUAUAUAUAUUAGGCUGUCCACACCAGGGUGUGUUGGGAUGUGUAAAUAACGUGUAGAAACGUAUAACAUUAUUUUCUGAACACAGACUUGGCAGUUUUCAGAUUAGUAGUAUACAAUCAAACAACGGCGGAUGAGGUUCCAGGCUGACUCGGAAGCAUUUUUGAGAGAAAAUUAAGAAAAACCUACAACCCUAAUGAAGAGGAAAAUAUCCAAGUACAAUAAACAAUACAAAUCCUUGUUCAGUGCAGCAUUCAUAAUGAAGUUGGGGCGAAAGAGUGCAGUGAUUGGAAAUAAAGUGCAUGAUAAGUGCCAGUCAGGAGUGGUAGGAAGUCUGACGCAAAGGAACAAAAAUCAGAUCAUUUUAACUUUUUCUUCUAUUUUUUUGUCAUAGCAGCUAUUAACAGACUCCUGUCAAGGGGUGGCUAAAAGACUGCAACUGCCAUUGGACAUCAGAGACUGUGUACUGCAUUGCUGGGUUGACUACCUUGUAGUAGACACUUAAUUGAAUUGGUGACUCAUGUUUAUUUUCAAUUUUAAGAGUUAAGGGAUUUUAUCUUUUAGAAAUGAGAUUAUAAUGGAUAAUUUGUGUGUGGAUUCAGGAGACCUUUAAAUAUAGUGACACAGAUAUUGUGUUCGACAUCCCCCUGUCAUAAGAGGGGUAUAUGAAUAAUCAUUGUUAUGAUUUAUGUACCUUUUUUAACUAUUAAAAGAAAAAAACCCUGGCUAUUUUAUUAAAAAAAAAAGGAGAAAAGCACUUAAAAAACUGUAUUUUUUAUAUUCUACUAGGGGAGAGUUUUGCUAUUGAAUUUGGCUCUCACUAAAAUGACUCAAAUGUUUUGACACUGAAUAAAGUUCUUUUCAACUCUUCUCAGGGGAAAAUUAUUGUAGUACUAACAACUUAAUGAUUGCACUAUGGUGGUGAUUUAUAAAGUAGGGACUUCAUCUUAUUUUUCCUACUUUACAUCAAGAAUAGGUUCAAAUCCAUGAGCCUGUCCCUAAUUAAUUUGCCAUUUUGCUCAGCGUGUAGCAUCAAGCCAUUUAAACUUGAGCUUAAAUGGCACCUCCCCGUUCCUUCCCCUUCCACUAGGAAACAUUCUUGAAAAGUAUAGUAUAUCGACUCCUGUAAAACUGCCAAGUCUGCCCUUGUACUAUACUUUUGCUCCUUUACGUUCUUUCUGAUUUGCAAAAUACUUUUAAUUCCAUUGCACUAUUAUGCCUUCCUUCCCCUCCCACCCUCCCGUCACUCACCGAGUUUCAUUAACUUCACUACCUACAUUCAUUUUAGGUUUGCUUUCUACUUUACAAAGUCUGUAUUUCGAUCGGUUCGCUGAUCCACUUUUAUGCAGCUGUGUUUGAUAUUUCAAGUCCCAAGUAUCUCUGGCUGUGGUUGUUGACAGUGUGUCAUGAUCAUUUCAAGGGGUAUACAUACACUCGAUUCUGGAUCUUGCAAAAAUUGAAACAGUUAUGAUUUCCCAUGGAAAUUGAAAUCUAUUUAAGUAAUUUAACUACAUUAAACACUGUUUCACUGG